AUGCAUGCCGCCUCCCUGCGAGGGCUGUACCGUCACAUCUGGCGGGAGAUCAGGGCCUUCCCUGAUGCUCACUCGGUCGCAUUCUGGAAGGACAGGCUCCGGUCGACCUACCGAGCGGCAACGUACGCCGAAGCAAAAGAGCGACUGCCACGCAAAGCUCGAGACAUCCUCAACUCGUUCCAGUGGGCGAACGACGGCCAUGUGCAUGCCUACCAGCGCAUCCUGCGCACCGCUUACGGCAGACGAGGGCCGCUGAGACACCUCCUGCUGCAGCCCUAUGUGCUCCCCUCACGCAGAGACAAGCUCGAGCGACUCAUACCGGGCAACCCUCGCUCGGCGCUGCCGUCCUACUCCCCCGAGCUGCGCCGUCUGAUGAAGAGCAACCUCACGAUCGACAAGCAAGUCUCCAACGCACACUUUGCCAUGCCGCCUACCAUGCCGGCCACCGUCGACCCAAACAGUCCAGAGGCCCAGAUCGUAGGUCCGCUCUCGCUGCGUCGUCAAGCCAACAUCCAUUGGCGGUUUUGGGCCAACAAAGUGGGCAGGCUCAAUCCGCCCCUGCCCAUGGGCGCGUCUGCCGUCACGAGCCUGAUCGAAAUGACUCGCUCUGGCUCACGCAGCGUUCCCCGACAUAGCGCUCGUGGACGCAAGCGGGAUGCGAUCCCGUCAGCAGCCGCCAACGCGAUAGCGGGCCGGUCUCUGACACGGCCGACUCGCAAAUUGCCGCCCUAUCGCACCCACAGUGGCAAGCUCAAAGGCCCACACGACAUCACGCCGCGCUAUGUCCGCCGACGAGCAAUCGAACUUCUCGCAGAGAUACCUCUCAUCGACUCUGCUGGUCAGAUUACUCGCGUCGUCGACCGAAGGCUGCCUUGGCACAUCUCUGAGCUCACGCCCAAUGACCUCAAAUGGUCACCGAGCAAACCGAUACGAUCAGUACCGGCAAAGGCAGUCAGGACAGAUGAUCACGAUGCUUGCAGAGACAACACUUGA